UGUAGCUGAGUGGCGUGUAGUCUUACUCUCCAACAGUCUGUGUGGGUUUGGACUUGAGUGAGUAUCCCAACUGUAGGUCAAUCAAAGAAGUAAAGAACAGUCAGGCGCAAGUAAUACAACGAUUCGGUGGGUUACUUAAGUCAUAACAGUAGUCAGUCAGUUGUUUUUCGCUCUUUUACGCGGAUCUUACUUCUUUAAAACCACUUUGUGUUUUAUCGGCGCGGCGUUAAAAUUUUCUUUGUUAGUUCGUUUGUAACAAUGAUGGUCGGGAAAAGUUCCUUCAUUUUCUUCGCUUCUAUUGCAUUGUUUUUUGCCAGUACCGUUCAAGCACAACAUGAAGAUCACAUGGUUUAUGUUGAUGUCUAUUACGAAUCUCUGUGCCCAGAUUCCAUCAAAUUCUUCACUAAACAACUUUACCCUUCUCUGCAAACCAACUUGUCUCAUUUCGUGAAUCUUACCCUCUUGCCUUACGGAAAAUCAGACUAUACUACUGUUCAAAACCAAUUAGAAUUUACAUGUCACCAUGGCCCUUUCGAAUGCGAAGGGAAUAAAAUCCAGGCAUGUGCCUUGGCCCUUAUUGAAAAAGGGCAACCCUCUGAAGGACUAGGAUACAACAGAAUUACCGUUGGUUUUAUCAACUGCCUAAUGGACAAGGUGGAUCGUCAAACCAGCAAUACCACUUUCCCCCUUAAAGAAUGCGCCGAAAUCAACCAAGUUACCAAUUAUGUGGAUAUCGAUAAUUGUGCCCAUCACGUUGAUGGUAGUAAACAUCUUUCUACCCUCGGUGAACUCACCAAAAACUUGAAACCGCCACUAACUUCAGUUCCUACAAUUGUCUUCAAUAAGCAAUACAGGAAAGAAGAUAGUGACCUAGCACAAGAAAAUUUCGUAAGGGCAUUGUGUCAGUACAUCCACCACGAUAAACCCGCAGAAUGCAGUGGUAGCAGCGGGUUAAAAACAUCCUUCACCAUUUUGGUUCUCCUUGUAUCCUUAGCCUUUGCCAAAUUAUUUUGAACACUUUUUUUGCGUUAAAGUACCUCUUACUACACAAUACGUAUUUAUUGAACAAAAUGGUUGGUGUCAAAAAGUCUUUAAGUACAUAGAAAUAUAAAUCUUUAAAGUUGCAUUUUUGAAGUUGUAUAAAUGUAUUAUUAGGUGUUUUUGAGAUACAUGUUAAAUACUACUCAGUAUGAGGCUGUUCUUAUAAUAGUCAAAGUCCAAUGCAAGUGCCUCAAAGAGCAGAAAAAUUAACACACUUCUUUACAUUUUUCUUAAUUUUUGUAUUUUUUGUUAUGCCAAAUCAUUAUUGUACUAGUACCUUUAUCAAAAAAAGUGUUAGUAUUAGGGCCUUAAAAACUUAAAAGUUUUAAAACACAAUUUUAGUAAUUGUAUUACUGUUAAUUUUAGACUAUUCUCUAUUUUGUAUCUGUUUGUUUGUAUUACUUCUCAUUAUUAAUAAUUAAUAGAUUUUCACUUAUUAAACGUCGUUACUUAAG